AAAUUGUGUUUUAUUACGGAAGCAUGAAUUAUUCGUUCGAUUUGAAGAUAACCCCAAAUGGGUAUAGUGGGAGCAGAUUCUUGGCUUUUGCUAUCUGUCUUGUGGAUGAUCUCACACUCGCAAAACGAAAUCAUGAAUUUAUCUGUAAAUACCAACUGACCACCACCAGUGGUGAAAAGUUCACGAGUGAGUGCCGUGUUUCUGUGACACAGGACGAGAUCUGCAGUUACAAGAGUGAUCCUUGGCCAUGGAUCAGUAAGUUCGAUUACAAGGGUGAUCAUGUGUUCAUUCUGUUCAAUCAAGAUAUGAUUAUAAUAGACAAUGAUUAUGAGGAGGCAUCAUUUGAAUUGUACAUCAGAAAUCCUUACGGUGAUGAAUUUAAAGUGGAGAAAUGUGGUGUUAACAUAUAUUACAUGGAUGCAGAGGGGUAUACCACUAGUGAUGUGAUGAGAUGGGACAAAUCCUUCGAGAAUUCUGAUUCUCAAGAAGAUGCUAAUGUUGAGGGAGCUCAUGACGGAUCUGCUACUGAAAUAAGACCUGGGGAUGAAAGAAGAUCUGGCAAUGGUGGUGAUGAAGGGCCUAAAACAUUGAAAUAGUUUCACUUCUUUUAAUCUUUGGGUAUGCAACUUCUCAUUCCAAAUGCGUAGGCUAUUUUCAAGGGCAUCAUUUGACGGAUUACAUUGUCAUGUUAGAUUGGUGAGCUUGUGUUUAACCUGUUAUGUGGCGUUUAUCACAUGUUAUCAUUCACCAACAAUCCUUACAUUGUUGUCUGUGUCAUGAAUCUCAUCUAGGUUGUUUUUACUCUCUUCAUACGAUGUGGACAUCUCCUUUGCCAAUUCACGUCGUCUUCUUUUUCUGUCGCUAAUACAGGUGCAGUGUGUGUAGAAUUCUUUUUAUACUUUUGGGUAAAGUACAAAUUUUGUUAAUUAAACUUUACUCUCUUCUAUUCAAUUCCUUCUAUGAAUUUAAUGCUUUGCGUUUUUAAUGG